AUGGCCGUCUCUGUAAACUCGACCUUGACCUUUGAGGGACUGUCUAAUGGGCUCCGCAUCUUUCAUUCAGUCUGCUCCAUCACAAUUGCUGUGGCGGGGACUGUAGGCAACAGCUUCAGUAUCUACAGGUUGACUCAGAAGGGUAGAAAACACCAAACCUGUAACAUAUACCUUGCAAACCUCAGCGUCAACAACCUUCUCAGCUCAGGAAUCAUUCUUCCCCUCAUCGCCAUCAACUCUUUCUUCAAUGGUUGGAUCUAUGGAACAUUGUUCUGCAAAUUCUUUGCAUAUUUUACGUAUACCAACAUUUGUGCCGAGAUGAACGCUUUUAACCUUCUGACCUUCAACCGUUUCCUGAAAAUAGUUCAUCCCAAGACUUACAACACUGUGUAUGAGAAGACGAGGAAUAACAUCAUUCUCAUAGCUUUUGGCUGGGUGAUGUAUGCCGUGGUCUUCAUCUUUCCAGCGACCGACGUUCUGGGUCAUUUUGGGUACGACCCUGACAAGAACUAUUGUGCAAUUGAAAGAAAAGACAAAUUUGCCAAGAUUAUUGCUGGGUGUAUUCUUUCAACGACAGUUCCAAUCAUCAUCGUCAGCUACGUAUCGCUAUUUUGCACUUACAAGAAAUCCAAGCAGAAGAUAGCGGAUUAG